GUUGUGGAGGCUGGCCACAGCACAGCUCCCACCCAGCCCAGCUUUCUAGGGUCACUGGGCUCACAGGGACUCAACAGGACACGGGUGGUCAGUGCACACACAGCGGGGCGGUUCGGAACACGGGUGGUCGGUGCACACAUCGGGGACAGUUCAGGACACGGGUGGUCAGUGCACACAGCAGGAACAGUUCAGGACACGGGUGGUCAGUGCACACAGCAGGAACAGUUCAGGACACAGGUGGUCAGUGCACGCAACAGGAACAGUUCAGGACACAGGUGGUCAGUGCACACAGCGGGGACAAUUCAGGACACGGGUGGUAAGUGCGCACAAACAGGAACAGUUCAGGACACGGGUGGUGGUCAGUGCACA